UUACACGUGACUGUAAUAGCGUUUAUUUAACGAAUGUGUUUCCACACGGUCCGGUUUAUCUGUAACUCCGCGAGUACCAUGCUGGAUGUAUUUUUAAUGUUUUUACUAGAUUUUUCGCGUUCUUUAAAUAAUACAAAGCUGUGUUUUUAAAGCCGAUUUGUCCGCUCAGUGAGUCGCUUUCAGAUCUCGUUAUUGUUUAAGAAUAACCUUGAUUAGAUGAGCUAGUGUUAUAAAUAAGGUUAUUAAGAUGAAGAUCAAACGACAGAAACAUAUAAAGAAGGCGAUCAGUUUCUAUAAGUACAACUUUGGCUUCAGGGAACCGUUUCAAAUUCUUAUCGACGGUACUUUCUGUCAGGCUGCUUUAAAAAAUAAAAUCCAGAUCAAAGAACAACUGCCUAAAUAUUUCAUGGGAGAGGUUCAGCUUUGCACCACUAAAUGCGCGCUGAAGGAACUGGAGACACUUUCCAAAGACCUGUAUGGAGCUAAAUUAAUCCUGCAGAGGUUUCAGGUACGGAGAUGUAAACACAAGGAGCCUGUUUCUGCCUCUCAGUGUCUGCUGUCGAUGCUGGGACAGUCAAAUGCACAUCACUACUUUGUUGCCACGCAGGACAGAGAGUUGACCACAUCUCUGUCAGAGAUCCCCGGUGUUCCCCUGAUGUACAUUGUCCUCAACACCAUGGUGUUAGACAAACCUUCAGCAUGUUCCUUGAAGCAUGUAGAGGCGGUGCAGCUGGGAGAGCUUGUGAGUCCUCAUCAGCAGCAGAGUCUCCAGAGCCUAAAAGCUGAGAAGGGCAUCAGUAAGGACGGUGAGGAACGGCGGGGCAAAAAACGCAAGAGAAAAUCAAGCAACCCGAACCCUCUCAGCUGUUUGAAAAAGAAGAAGAAGAAGCAAAUGCCACAGCAGCUCAAAACAACAGAUGGAGAGAAGAAGAAAAGAAGCAGGCACAGGAAGAGGAGCAGUGCUGGACCAUCCAUUAGUAUGAACCCAGACCCUUCCAGUACUCAGUCAUGACCCACAUUCUGUUUAUCAGCUUGUAUUAAUACAUCUAAAUGCAUAAAAAUCAGAGUUUCUAGUAAACCUUUAACCAAGAUGCCAAUUAAAGAGUUUUCAUUAUUACCAAA